CUGCGAGGAAGCUGCAGACUCAGAAGGAGAUGAAGAUGAAGAUGAAUUGUUUGGAGGUUUUGGUGCUGAUCGCUUUAGCAUGCAUAGCGCUGUCCGUGGCUGUGCCAGUCACUCUCAAAAGUGCAAACAAUGAGGGUGAUUUCCAGUUUGCAGAGGCAUACCUAAACCGUUUCUAUACCGUAAGCACUGUCAAAAGCCGAAGCCGGGGCCCAGUCACAGAGACCCUGAAACGCAUGCAGAGGUUCUUCAAGCUCAAUGUCACCGGGACGCUGGACAGGGACACCGUGGACAUCAUGAAGAAGCCCAGAUGUGGGGUUCCAGAUGUUGCAGAAUACAGUUUUCUUUCAUCAAAUUCUAAAUGGUCAACUAAUAAAAUAACAUACAGAAUUGUAAACUACACUCCUGAUCUGACGGUAGCAGAUGUGGAUCAAACCAUUGCAAAGGCUUUCAAAGUCUGGAGUGACGUCUCUCCUCUCACCUUCACCAAAAUCAGCAGCGGAACGGCUGACAUCAUGAUCUCUUUUGGGGCUAAAAGUCACGGAGACCUUUAUCCCUUUGACGGCCCAUCUGGAACAUUGGCUCACGCCUUCGGACCUGGGAGUGACAUUGGUGGAGAUGCUCACUUUGACGAAGAUGAAACGUGGACAACGACUUCGAGAAGUUUCAACUUGUUCCUUGUUGCUGCCCAUGAAUUUGGACACACUCUGGGACUAGAUCACUCCAACAAUCCAUUGGCUUUGAUGUUCCCCACCUAUAGCUAUGUUCCCACAGAAGGAUAUAAACUUCCAACUGAUGAUGUAAAUGGAAUCCAAGCUUUAUAUGGGAAACCUACAGUUAUUCCAUCCCAACCUACAACCAAGCCCCCUCAGACGACCGUGCCUAACCCUCAGUCCACACCCUCUCAGCCGAACCACUGCGAUCCCAACCUGACUCUGGAUGCUGUUGCUUCACUGAACGGGGAUCUGCUUAUCUUCAAGGGCAGUGACUUCUGGAGAAAAAGCAGCAAUGAUGUGACUAAAGAGUCAAUCAAGGCCAACUGGCCGCAACUUCCUUCAAACAUCGAUGCUGCUUAUGAAUUAUCUGGGGGAAAUAUUCUUCUGGCAUUUAAAGGAUCUCAAUUCUGGUUGGUCUUUGAGAAUGGGUUUGAUGUUUUCCAUCAUGGCAUUGGUUUCCUGGGAUUUCCACGCACGGUCACAAAGAUUGAUGCAGCGGUGCACAUCAAGGAGAUGGGACAAACCCUGUUUUUUGUUGGGGAAUACCACUACAGUUUGAAUGAAAGAACAAGAAGAAUGGAGAACCAGAGUACAAUUUCAAGUCGCUUUCCAGGAAUUGGGUCAAGAGUGGAUGCUGCCUUUGUAAUGUCUGGUAACUACUAUUUCUCCAGUGGCCCCUUCCUCUACCAGUAUGACCUCAAGAGCAAAAGAGUCAUCAGCACACAGAGGAACUCAGCAUUGCUCGGUUGUAGGAAUGAUCUCUCUUCUCUGCAGAAGAAGCAAUCGAUGGCUCGCUUCUCCUUUUCAGCACAGCUUGUUCUGCUGAGCAUAGCUCUAGUUUUUGCUGCCCCUCAGGGUGACUUGCUGGGAGAUUUUGAUGACAAAGAGCACUUUACUGAUGAAGCCGAUACAUUUUUCACAGAUGAAGUUUACAAGCAAGCAAAGGAUUUUCUUGCUCAUUUCUUUGAUGGUGCAGCAGAGACUUCCCCAGUUGCAAAAGCAGCUAAGAGCUCUUUCAAGACCAGCCUGGAGGAGAUGCAGGACUUCUUUGGGUUGAAGGUCACUGGAAAACUGGACAGCAAGACUCUGGAGGUGAUGAAGAAACCCAGGUGUGGGGUUUCUGAUAUUAGUCGAUAUGGGCACUUUCAUGGAAGACCGAAAUGGGAACAGAAAACUGUCACAUACAGAAUCACACAGUACACUUCAGAUCUGAAGCGAAGCGAGGUGGAUGCUGCCAUUGCCCAGGCUUUUAAACUGUACAGCGAUGUGAUCCCGCUGGCAUUCACUCAGAUCUACAGUGGCACAGCAGACAUCAUGAUCCUCUUCAAGGGAGGGGCCCACGGUGACUUCCAUCCCUUUGAUGGUCCACAUGGGGUUCUGGCGCAUGCCAGCUCACCAGGGCCCGACGAAGGAGGGGACACUCACUUCGAUGAAGAUGAAACCUGGACCUUGAGCGCAAGAGGAGUAAACUUGCUGCUUGUGGCAGCACAUGAAUUUGGCCAUGCACUUGGGCUGGACCACUCAAGGGAUCCGACCGCUUUGAUGUAUCCCACAUACAACUAUGUGGACACGAAAGGGUACCGCCUACCAGACGAUGACAGGAGGGGUGUCCAAGCCUUAUAUGGUGUCCGGACCCCCAGCCCCAAACCAAACCCCAACCCCAACCCCAAACCCAAACCCAAACCCAAACCCAAACCCAACCCUAAACCAAACCCCAACCCCAACCCCAAACCCAAACCCAAACCCAACCCCAAACCCAAACCCAAACCCAAACCCAAACCCAACCCCAACCCCAACCCCAAACCCAACCCCAACCCUAAACCCAAACCCAACCCAAAACCCAACCCCAACCCCAACCCCCCAGCCAUUCCAGAGCAAUGCAGCCGCGACCUGGUGUUCGAUGCUGCCACAAGCAUGAGGAGAGAACUCUACUUCUUCAAAGAUGGGUACUUUUGGAAGAAAAGCAGUCUUUUCAAUCAGAUCCAGUUAACAGCAAUAAAAACUGUGUGGCCACAGAUAAGUUCAGUCGAUGCUGCGUAUGAAGUCCCAGAAAAGGAUAUGGUUUUCAUCAUCAAAGGGAACCAGUACUGGGGUACCAGAGGUUACACGGCUAUGCCUGGCUAUCCCAAACAAAUUUCACAGUUUGGCUUUACUCAGACUGUCACAAAAAUAGAUGCUGCUGUGUAUGUAAAACAUACUAAAAAAACACUCUUCUUCAUCGGACUCAAGUACUGGAGCUACGAUGAAUCCAGAGGUACAAUGGACCCAGGAUAUCCCAAAAAAAUAUAUCAGGACUUCCCAGGAAUUGGUGCCAAGGUGGAUGCAGCAUUUGAGAAUUAUGGUUACCUGUAUUUCUCAAGUGGCGCCAGACAGAGUGAAUAUGACUACAAGCGAAGAAGAAUCGUUCGUGUUUUGUUAAACUAUGGCUGGCUGAAUUGCUACUAAGUACCUAAAGCCAUCACUGCUGCAGCCAGUGUUGAAGUCUAAAUGCUACAAGGCCAACAACAAGCUAUAUUUGCCAUCAUUAGUGGACUGUUCUACUGGUGUUUUUUUUCUGUUGUUUGAAAAUCAUUCCUUUUAUCUAAUGCAUCAUAGCAGCUUCAGCUAAACCCCUAUUCUGUUACAAAAAAAAAGCUUGAUUAUAUUUUGCAUAUGUGAGGCUCUGUUUAUGUAAUGGAUGAUUGUGUUAAUCUUUCUGGGAAUUGGUUAUAGCCACAUGUGAAACAGACAUUUUAACAAAAUAAAUAUACCUAUGCAUACAAGCACAAACAAUAAAUAUAGGAUUGCACAAAGUAUAUAUACUGCACACAUUAUGUAAUCUAUCCAAAACUUUUAUGUAUAUUUUAUUUAUUCAAUAAAAAUAAAAUACAAAAAAAAAAAAAUACAAAAAAUGGGUGUCUUGUUCUUAAAAGAAAAAAAGAACACUGUAAUGUACAUAGUCAGUCAUUAAUAAAUGUAAUCCUGUUUUCUUCAAAUUUUAAA